AUGGUCACGAUCGAAGAGUUUCUCGACCGAAAGAAUCCAAGUCUUGAUAGCAGUAAUACUUUGCCAGGGCCGAAUACGGUCAGUAUAAACUACUCCAUCAUCAGCGCAGUUGAAGAUUGGGAAGAAUUCAAUUACCAGACGCUGCGGAACCUUUAUGGCGAUGUUCUGGACUACACCCUCCAAAGCCCGCCUGACCAACAGAACCCAACAAAGUUGGAGGCUGAGAUUUGGGAUGAGAACCAGUUUAGCUUGCUGUUCUCACAGUACAUGUUGAGUCCGAUUCGGUACGCCCUUCGACAGGCUUACGAGUGCUGCGAAAAGUCUUGGGAGCACAAUCCUCAGGGCGAAUUCCUGUCUUAUAUCAACUUCUGUCCCGGUGACACGAAGCUGGCGAUCAAGUGGAAACACAAGUGGCACCGAACAGACUUCAAAUCUUGGAGAAUUCCACCCGAACAAAUCCAGACCUGUUCGGGAGAUCAUUGGAAUGUUCGCUAUGGUUGGAUCAUCACCGAGGAUGGACUGACCGUCUUUUUGACUACCAGAGAUUCUGUUGGGCCCGGCCUUUCGGCAUCAAGAAACCCACGAACCUCUGCUGCAACUCCGGGCCAUGCACGUGUCGCGUCCGACGACACCGAUCUCAGCUCUAUGAUAGCUCCAUUAUCGAUUACCACCCAGAGCUAUCGAGAUGAACCCCCAAAUGUCGAAUAUCAGCCGAUCAAGGCCAAGUUCGUCUCGUGGCAGGAAGGUAGUGAGGGCCUGAAUGUCAAGAAAGCCCUCUUUAUGCUCUUCAUGCUCGCCGGCGCACCUGGGGGCCCAAAAUUCGUUCAGACCAGUUAUCCUCCACUCGAUUCCUGGUCUUUGGAAGGGAAGGUCUUUCGUCACAACUCGACUGGCCGAGUAUGCGAGCGUCUUCAACCGAAUAGUCUCUUGUACGAUAUCUCAGGGCAGAUUGCCGAUCCGCCUGCGUUGGUCGAAGAGACUGGAAGACACUCUGCGCGCGAAGGUGAACCCGUCGCGGGGUUGGGAAAAGAUGAUACGCGUGGUAAGCGGAGGAAACUUGAACCUCAAUAA